AAAUUGUGAAAAGGAGUCAGCACAAAGUCAUACAGUGUUUGAAGGCUUUGAUGAACACGAAGUAUGGUUUGGAAAGGAUUAUGGGAGAAGAAAAGUGUCUGUCAUUAUUGGCCAAGGCCAUGGACCCGCAGCAAGCCAACAUGAUGGUGGAUGUUGUUAAACUUCUUUCUGCAAUAUGUAUUGUUGGAGAGGAAAAUGUCCUUGAAGAAGUUUUAGAAGCCUUAACUACAGCUGGAGAAGAAAAAAAAAUCGAUAGGUUUUCUUUGAUUGUAGAAGGUCUUCAGGAAAAUUCUGUUCAAUUGCAAGUAGCUUGUAUGCAACUCAUCAAUGCCCUUGUGACAUCACCUGAUGACUUAGACUUCAGACUUCACAUCAGAAAUGAGUUUAUGCGUUGUGGAUUGAAACAAAUAUUGCCUAAUUUGAAACAUAUCAAAAGUGAUAGUCUAGAUAUCCAACUGAAAGUGUUUGAAGAACAUAAGGAGGAAGAUUUUAUUGAGUUCUCUCAUCGGUUAGAAGAUAUUAGAGCUGAACUUGAUGAAGUGAAUGAUGUUUACAAUAUGUUAUGGAACACAGUAAAGGAAACCAGAGCAGAAGGAUAUUUUCUUUCUAUACUUCAACAUCUUUUGCUCAUCAGAAAUGAUUAUUUCAUACGACCACAGUAUUUCAAAUUAAUUGAAGAAUGCAUAUCUCAAAUAGUGUUACACAGAGAUGGAACAGAUCCUGAUUUUACAUAUCGAAAAAAAUUAGAUGUAGAUUUAAGACAAUUUGUAGAUGUUUGUGUUGACCAGGCAAAACUAGAAGAACUUGAAGAAAAAGCAUCAGAAUUUUCCAGGAAAUUUGAAAAAGAAUUUACAGUUCACCAAGAAACUCAGUCCCAGUUACAGAAAAAAGAAGAGAAGAUCACUGAGCUCCAAGCAGAAUUGCAGGCUUUUAAAUCCCAGUUUGGUGCUUUACCACCUGGUUCAGAAACCUCUUUACCACAGUCAGCAGGAGAUGUGACUGGUCACCAAUUGCCUCCACCACCAUCCCUGCCAUUGGGUGGAGGUGUGCCUCCACCACCACCACCGCCACCACCACCACCACCUCCCCCACUUCCAGGAAUGCCGAUGCCUUUUGGUGCUCCUCCUCCACCACCUCUCCCUCCAGGAUUUCUUGGAGUACACCGAUCUCCUCCUCCAUUAACACUGCCAUUUGGAUUGAAACCAAAAAAAGAAUUCAAACCUGAAACCACCAUGAAAAGAUUGAACUGGUUAAAGAUCAGACCUCAUGAAAUGACUGAAAACUGUUUCUGGUUAAAAGCAAAUGAGAACAAAUAUGAGAACACAGACUUGCUCUGUAAACUUGAAAAUACGUUUUGUUGUCAAAGAAAAGAGAAAAGGGAAGAGGAAGAUUUUGCAGAGAAGAGAACAAUAAAGAAGCGAAUUAAAGAACUGAAAGUUCUGGAUUCCAAAAUUGCCCAGAACCUUUCAAUAUUUCUGGGUUCUUUUCGUGUACCUUAUGAAGAAAUAAAAAUAAUGAUAUUGGAAGUAGAUGAAACACAAUUGGCAGAGUCUAUGAUUCAGAACUUAAUAAAGCAUCUGCCAGAUCAGGAGCAGCUGAAUUCUCUGUCUAAGCUCAAGAAUGAAUAUAAUAAUCUGUGUGAGCCAGAACAAUUUGCAGUUGUGAUGAGCACAGUGAAAAGACUACGGACACGUCUGAGUGCCAUUCUCUUUAAACUUCAAUUUGAGGAGCAGGUGAACAGUCUCAAACCGGAUAUCAUGGCUGUCAGUGCUGCUUGUGAUGAGAUAAAGAAGAGCAAAAGCUUCAGCCGAUUAUUGGAACUUGUCUUGCUAAUGGGAAACUACAUGAAUGCGGGCUCCCGGAAUGCCCAGACCUUUGGGUUCAACCUUAGCUCUCUCUGCAAACUAAAGGACACAAAGUCAGCAGAUCAGAAAACGACAUUGCUCCAUUUUCUAGCUGAAGUAUGUGAGGAAAAAUAUCCAGAUAUCCUGAGUUUUGUUGAUGAUUUGGAGCAUAUAGACAAAGCUAGCAAAGUCUCUGCAGAAAACCUGGAGAAGAACUUGAAACAGAUGGGAAGGCAACUUCAGCAGCUUGAGAAAGAUUUGGAUUCCUUUCCUUCCCCUGAGGACAAGCAUGACAAGUUUCUAACAAAGAUGUCCAGUUUUGUGAUCUCUGCAAAAGAACAAUUCCAAAAAAUUUCAAGAAUGCAUGAAAACAUGGAAAAAUUGUACCAGAGUAUAAUGGGCUACUAUGCUAUUGACAUGAAGAAAGUGUCUGUGGAGGAAUUUUUUACUGACUUAAAUAACUUCAAAACUAUGUUCAUGCAAGCAAUGAAGGAAAACACCAAGCGAAGAGAAGCUGAGGAAAAAGAGAAACGUGCCAGGAUAGCCAAGGAAAUAGCAGAAAGAGAAAAAGCAGAACGUCAACAAAAAAAGAAACGCUUGAUAGAAAUGAAAACUGAGGGUGAUGAGACAGGAGUGAUGGAUAGUCUGCUGGAGGCCUUGCAGUCAGGUGCUGCUUUCCGAGACCGAAGAAAAAGGACACCAAGGCCUAAAGAUAUCCGACAAAGUCUCAGUCCGAUCUCACAGAGGCCUGUUCUGAAAGCUUGUAAUCAUGAGAACCAGAAGAAGAAACUGGUGGAAGUGUCCCAUUCCCACCACAAACUCAAUUGCAACUCAACCAGGACUCCUGUUGCCAAGGAACUUAAUUAUAACCAAGACACUCAUUCAUCCACAGUGAGGAUCAAGGAUAUUGGGAAGAAGGAGACCUGUAACAUAGAAGGCACCAAAGAAAAGGAAAUGGAGCUUCUUGGCUCUGUUUCUAAAACUGAAUCACUUCCCGAAGUGGAGGCCCUGCUGGCAAGACUUCGAGCUUUAUGAAUUCAGUUGAUAAAAAUGAAUAAGCAAACUAUAAUGCUGUACUAUGCUUGGCUGCAACACUUUUUAAAA